GGAACCCUAGACCGAGAAAAGAGAUAUAAGGCCACUUCUGCACUGCGUGCUCAUCUCUCUAAGAUCGAGGUGACCUGCUUUUUUGCGCUUGUGAUCGAGAAAGCCCUAAUACUAGAAAUCUUGUUUUCCUAGCAACUGAAAUGGAUACCCAGGUGAAGCUCGCAGUUGUUGUUAAGGUUAUGGGAAGAACUGGAUCAAGGGGUCAAGUGACUCAGGUUCGAGUGAAGUUUUUGGAUGAUCAGAAUCGUUUCAUCAUGCGUAAUGUGAAGGGGCCUGUCAGGGAAGGUGACAUUCUCACCUUGCUCGAGUCUGAGAGAGAAGCCCGGAGGUUGCGUUGAUCUCUCUCAUCUUGCCGGGUUUUUGUUUGUGUUUUCUUUCAUGUCUACUCAUGCAUCCGAAAUUUGCGAGUACAGCUCUCUGGAUUUUUCAUUCGAAGCUAUGGUGAUUUGUGAUGUUAAGAGUGGGGUUGGGAAGAUCUACUUUCCCAUUGAUAGCCUUCGGCCUAUGAUAUGUGAUUGUUAGGGUAUUAUAAAUCUGGAUUGCUUGGAUCUUCUUAAAUUGCCAAAUUUUUCCUAGAUAAUAGAGUCAUUAAUGUUAUUUCUAUGGGAGUUGUUAUAUAAACCCUAGCUUAUGCAGCUUUCCAUCA